UGUCUGCCAGGCUGAGUUUCAGACAUUGCAUCACGAACACACACACACAUACACGUGCCACUCUAUGUCUCUAGCAGCUCUCCACUCAUCUCCUCUCUCCUCCUCCUUCUCUUCCUCUCUCACCAUGGAGUCACAUCACUGAAGAGUGCAUUGUUCCUCCUGUUUGCUCCUCUUCUCUCCUCUGCACUUGAUUCGGUGUGUUUGGGUGUCUGUUUCAAGGUGGGAAUGCUCGUGUCUGCGACAGCGCUGUUGGGGGCUACGCUGGGAACCGUGUCUGGAGUGUUGACUCUGUGUGGUCUCUCCCUGCUUUGCAAGAGCUGUAAAAAGGGGAAACUUCAGAGAGGGGACGAGACUGACCCAGAGAAAGCCAAACCCAGUAUCCUGCAUACUCUGACACAGUUCAGUGUGCAGAAAUGCACAGAACCCAUCCAGCCUCAAGCAUCUUUGAAGUUUCCUCAAAUCUACCGCCCCAAACCUUCUGUUACUUCUCAAGAGGUAGUAAACUACAAAGAACAUGGAGCUGCCAAUGACACGUCUGCUGCUGAGCUCGACACCUGUAACCAGGCAACCGAACGUGAGGAGGUCUUCUCCCUCCCGCGGCAAGUUUCCACAGAUGAAACUCCAUGUACAUCUGAGCAAACUGGUGCCAUGACGACAAGUAGCUCCAUCCUAUAUCCCAAACUGCACUUCUCCAUCAGCCUGCACAAAGAAAAUGGAGAGCUACACAUCAGCAUUGUAGAAGCUGAGAAUAUAUCAGUGGAGGCCGGAUGUGAGGGAUAUAUAUCAGGGUGUGUGAGCAUCUCUGAAGAGCAGAAGCACGCUCACACAGCCGUCCACAAGCUGGCAGCGCAUGUGCAGUGGGGAGAGGAGCUGGUGUUCGCUCUUCCCAUGGAGGGCACAGAAGACACAGACAGUCUAGAUGGAGAGGUGGCUCUCUCACUUCACUGCUGUGAUCGAUUCUCCCAUAAUUCCACUCUGGGCACGAUGCGCUUUAAGCUGGCUGAUAUAAGCAUGAUGUUGGAUGCUGAUUGCUGGGUUGAUUUACAGCCACCCAAACAGGAAGUGGCAUCAUCAGCUGGAGAACUACUACUGUCGCUCAGUUAUCUGCCAGCAGCCAAUAGACUUGGGGUGGUGGUAAUGAAGGCUAGAGGACUUCAUUCAGACAAACUGAAAGACAACAUAGAUUUAUCGGUAAAGCUGACCUUGAAACACCAAAAUGCCAAGCUGAAGAAGAAGCAGACGCGGCGAGUGAAGCACAAGAUGAAUCCGGUCUGGAAUGAGAUGAUGAUGUUGGAGCUGCCCAGUGAGCUUUUGGCUAAAUCCAGCGUGGAGUUGGAGGUACUGAACCUGGCCAGUCCCGGGACCCUGCUCCCUCUGGGCCGCUGCAUGCUGGGGCUUCACACCUCCGGCACCGGCCUGCAGCACUGGAAACAGAUGCUAGAUAAUCCACGCAAGCAAAUUGCAAUGUGGCAUCCACUUUACACCUAAGAAUACAGGUUAAUGUUCUACAAAUCACCACCUACAGUACAUGCAAUGAUUGGUUAAACAUGGUUGGUUGGAGUUUUAUGAUAGUACUCUAUUCCUGUGUAGAAAUAUGUAGUACUCCAAUAUAAUAAAUAUUUUACUAGAUAUAAUGAGUGAAUGCAGUUGUUAUCGUUAAGUAUCAUGAAACUAUUUUCUCUGAAGGUAAAAGCUGUGGGAGACAGUCACAUACAGUACAGUACUAAUAUUGUUACACAGUAGUUUAGAGUAUUUUAAUGUACACAGUGCUGCAUUUACCUUUGGUGUUGUUUGUUAAUGUGUCUUCAAAUUACUCAAUGCUAUUUUACACUGGUCCGACUUGGAGCCAUCCUCAUCUCCUAAUACUUGUCAGAUAUAAAAUAUGACUGAACAGCCCACCCAGUCAAUAUCAUAGUGACUGAUGGGAGAGAGAAGCAAACGGCUCUGAUCUUAUACACUGUAGAGUGUAAAGCCUGACUGGAUCAGAUCAGGACAAAUGUUAAACUAUUGUAUCUAACCAGGUUUGGCAGAACGGAUGUUCCUCAUAAUAUUAGGGUAAAACAAUCUUUGUCAGUUGUAGCCCUUAUAUGAUCUGCAGGCAGAGUUUUAUUGUCAGUUUAUUGUGGUUGGGAACACUUACAGAGUUUAAAAAACACAUUUAAAUAUAAAUAAUAAAUUUUUAAGUUUAAUAGCAAGUAGUUUUGGUUUUCCUGUUAUGAAGGCUUAUGGAUCCUCUUAGUAACCAGUAACACACUAGAUAAAUAUACAGGGUCUCAAUAGGGCAGCUUUACUCUUUUCAAGAUGCAUGUAUACAGAAAAAAAUGUAAAUCUACCACUGUCUUCUAAUUUGAAAAAUGUAAAUAUAUAUAAACAGCAGAAUAUGCAUACUAUAUGUGUAUUAGUAGGAUGAUAGAUCACAACAGGUGCUGCCUGGCUCCAUGAAGUUUAUCAUUUAUCAUCAUUAUUCACUUGAGUGUAAUGGAGGAUGAUGCUUUCUACCAUUACUAUACUUAAGGACAUUUUGAACUGCUAACUGGAGUGAAAAUUACUCCGUUUGGAGACCUUUGAAAGUCUGUUUUUUUAUUGUAUUUUAUUUUUAUUUUUAAUCAUAAUUAUAAUAAAGGUAAUUGCAAAUGUUGCAA